AUGGCACGUGGUGGAGGAGCUCAAACUCGAACCAAUCGAGAUGCUGCUAAUGCAUCAAAUGACUCGAACAGGUACUCUGUUCUUGGAGAGAACUCAAGAUCCAGCACUGCCAAUGAUUUGUCAAAUCCAUUUUUUCUCUCGAAUGGUGAUAAUCCAGCUACAGUUCUUGUACCAAAGAUCUUAACAGGGAGUGAAAAUUACAGUACCUGGAGAAGAUCUAUGAUGAUUGCUCUUGUUGCUAGAAACAAAAUGAAGUUUGUUAAUGGGAAGAUUCCACAACCUGAUGAGGAUCAUGAGGAUUUUGAUGCUUGGUGUCGAUGCAACAGCACUGUAAUCUCUUGGAUACUUCAUGCGAUCUCUGCUGAAAUUGCUGACAGCAUUAUGUAUCUAGAUAAUGCAGCUGAGAUUUGGUCAGAGUUACAUGAAAGAUUUAAUGAAAAGAAUGCUCCAAGAAUUUACGAUGCAAAGAAGACUAUGCAGAAUCUUGUGCAGGGUUCGAGCAGUGUUACUAGCUAUUUUACAAGAUUGAAAUCGUUGUGGGAUCAGAUUCGUGAACUUAGACCACAACCUGUUUGUAAUUGUGGUGCUAUGAAGGUCAUUCUUGAACAGCAGGAAGAGGAUCGACUUCUUGAGUUCUUGGUUGGGUUAAAUGACUCUUUCAGUAAUGUAAGAUCACAAAUACUGAUGAGAGAUCCUCUCCCUACUGUAAACAAAGCAUAUGCCUCAGUUGUUCAAGAAGAAAGGCAAAGGAGUUUAACUUCUGGACCUGUUGGAUCUAUUACUUCCAGUGAUAAUGAGAAUUCUGCUAAUGCUAAGUGUGGACAAUUUCUUUGGUGCAGUUCAACCUUUUCGAUCCAAAUUCAAUUGCACUCAUUGUGGAAUGAAUGGACACACUAUAGAUCGAUGUUUCAGGUUGAUUGGAUAUCCACCAGGGCAUAG